CCGCCAUUCACCUGCGUGCGAGCGCGCGGGAUUGAGAUGCCGCGCGGAUCUCUUUAGCUCACUCAACGACGCUCCAGUUUCUUUCUUUCUCUCUUCCCUCGUCUGUAUUCUCUUCUUCCGCACAUGGUAUCCCCGUUUCGCACCAGCACCCCCUGCACUCCCCUUCACCGACCAAGCCACAACGCCAGUAGUUCUCAUUCUGUUGACCCGCGAUGCGUCGUUUCUGUGCGGAUUAAACGCGUGUUUCUCUUGGAGGAAAUUGGCUUUGCUGUACUUCACCCCCCCCCCCCCACUCUGGGGCCAACCGCUGUUCGUAGUAUGUUGGUGUGGUGAUUUACUCGAAUCACGCCCCUUCAGAGAGUCCGUGCGUGUGUGUGUAUGCCGUGUCAGACGCUUGUGGAAGAUUAUGGAGCCUGCCUCGUGAGCUGAGUGAUAACGGACAGAUUCACGUGUAAUGGGAAAUAAAUUCUUUCGCCACUUGAUGCCCAUACAUUCAUGGACGUGUUGCGCAAGUUUUCGUUUGUGUGGAGACCGAUUUUGACAAGCCGCAGAUUAUUGCGGAUUUUCGAGUAAUAAUUUUUUCGAUUGCUGAAACACAUAGAUCUUCCUCAAUGAAGCGUGAAACAAGUUUUCUUUACACAGGCUAGUGGGGGUUUUUUGUCAGAGAAUGUACUGUUGCUUGUGGUUUUCUGGGAAUAGAGGAAUUGCUGCUGUGUAAUCUUAUGUCAUUGGGAUUCGACUGUCCUAUAUGGCUGUUGCACUUGUUGUUCUGAAUCAACUUCAUGGCUCUGGUUUCGACCACAUUUUAAUAGCCAGGGACGAUCUUGUUCCAUUGUCGGUUGGACGUGUGAAAGUCCUCUAUCAGGCCAUUGGUGGUACCAAGCCUUUGUCACAGUUGUGGAUAUCACCUUCAUAAAUAUUGGAUAUCUCAUUCACAAUUAUUAGAAAACAUUGCUUUGUCCCAUUGACUUCGAGGACUAGUGAUGGGUAAUCAGGUGUCCAGGUGCGCCCACAGCAUGCGCAAGUUAUGGCGGCCGUGUGCUGGGAAACGACCUGAGGACGAGGCCAUGCUCAACACAUGUGACAGCGAGCCUCUGGACAAGCCCUUGUGCGACACCUCUGUGUCUGGCGGUUGCCGGGACAGCCGUAGCCGUAGCUGUAGCCGUGAUGGCAGCCACGCCUCGCUAGUCCGGCUCCACGACAAGAUGGAGCGCGUGGACUGCCGCAUCACUUCGGCGACUAACGUCUCUUCGGGUACCACGACGUCCACGCCCAAAUGCGGUCGCUUUCGGUUCUGCUCGUCCGGGAACAACAAGAACCACCACCAGAACCAUCACGUGAACCCGGGAUACCGGAGUUUGACGUCAUGCUGCGACGCUGAUGACUAUGAGGACGAGGGGAACGGCGGCGGCGACUGCGGCACGACUCGCUCUGCGUCCUCGGCGGCGGGAAAACGUCGAGUUGACCGAGAGUCCCAAACGAGCUUUGCCGCUGGUACCUGUGCGUCUGAUGGCGACGUGUCCCGGAGCACUGCCGCACGUGAACCGUGUGUGUUGAGCAAAGAGUAUAUUGUCAAAACGUACAGCAUCCAAAACGCCACGCCCUCGCCGGCCUCACAGAGCAAGUUCCCGUCCAGUGGACACACCACGACAUCACAGCAACAGGAGAAGAGGUCGGAGACAUCCCAAUCCGAGACCCAGGGUUCAUCUUCCGGUAACAGCCCACUGGCGACCUUAGAGAGGCGGCAAGAGGAUGUGUUGAAGAGGCUGGAACAGCUUCGCUCCUCCGUCUCCAAACUCAAACAGCAGUACAACGUGCAGGAUGAACCACCCAAGACAGCAACCACAGUCGCAGCCACAACCACCACUCCACUGGGCGCCAGCAGUACUGUGGCUUCUCCACUAGAACAGGGUCAAGUAAUGCUGGAUCUGGUAAUCAGCGCCGACCCAUCAAGUGUACCCCUGUCCCUGCUGGUGCUCUGUGGUCAGUUGUGUGAACGCUAUGCUGUACUUAAAGCCACGUAUGUCCACUCGAGCGUCUCGGACAGUGUGCCGGACAACCUGCGUGGUCUUCUGUCAUCCAAUGGUGGACUCAAGAGGUCUGACGCCCAGGUGGCCAUUACCCUGGUCUGGAAGAAAGUGGUCAACGGCCCCCAGUUGAUGGUGGACCCGACGAAGCAAACAACCAUCAUGGGUGAGGUGAACAUUGCACGGUACAUCACACGUCUGCUGCAGCCAGCGGUGGACUCAGAGGACGUGGUCAAAGCCACUCAGGUAGACGAGCUUCUAGACCUGGCUCAGCUACAGCUGGUGUCCGGCAAUGCCAAAGAGAAAGCGGCGGCUGUCAGGACGCUCAAUGCCAACCUCGGCAAACAGGAUUGGCUGACGGGAGCCUCGCCCAGCCUGGCUGACAUUGUGUUGUGGUCAGUGCUGCAGCAGACUGGUCAAGCGUCCAGUCCCCCGGCUAAUGUCAAGAAAUGGCUGGCCUUGUGUCAGAAACAUAGUCUGUUUCAAUCUGCUGUUGCCUUUGUCAGUUAAUGUUGUGUGUGUUUGGGAAGUAAUUUUUGUGACAACGUGCAAGGCAAUCUUUCUGCUGUGCGUGUGUGUGUGUGUGUGUUUGAGAUUAUGGGAAUUGAAAAAUGGUGUAAUAAGCCUUUCGGGUCAAUAAAAAGCGCCAUAUAGUAUAUAAUAUAACAAUUGUUCUCACACAACAAACUUCAUCUGUGAGCAUGGACAAAGCUUUGAAGUUAAUGACACUACUACUGCUGCUACUAACUUUCCGCUUCAGCGCACUUUGACACUUAAGUCCAGGGGUGGGCAAAACUGUUUGGAUCUGGGGCUACUUUGAUUAGGCCAUAAACAGCAGACGAUACAAAAUGUCACAGGCAUCAUUUUAAUGAAAUGAUAUAAUUUGUUAAAUUGUGAACAAAUUUUUGUCUCAUUUGCUCUACAAAAUCUAGUCUUGGCUCUAUAGUUUCUUGACAGGUGUGACCACUUUUAGUACUUUUACCAAAAUUUAUUUACUUCCUUUUUAAAAGCUUCAGUGAAAGUCUCUGGGUCUCCCAAAACCCUAUGAAGAGUCACAUUUGGCCUGUGGGCCCUAGUUUGCCCACGCUUGUCCUAGACUACUUUCAUUUCUAAAGUGAAAGAAAAAUGGUGCUACCUAGUGUAUAUAGUGCUCAUUUCCUUUCACAGAAAUGAUAAAAGCAGUAUUGAAAAUGGAAACAAAAUAUUGUGAAUAGUUUUUGUUGCUUUUGUUUUUACCUCAGCCCUUAAGAUAUUGAAGCUAAGAAUAUUGCUAUGAUUAAUCCUGUCAGCCGUUUUAGGGAUAUUUAUUGUCAGUGCAUCCUCUGUUCGCUCUCUCUCUAUCCUGCAUGUAUGAGUGAGACCCUAGAAAGAAUGGUCUGUUGUAAAUGUACUCUUUAUUGUUCUAUCUCUUGUCCCUGUGAUAAAUAAAUUAAAUGUAACAAAUGCC